CCGCGCGUACACCUCGAGGCUGCGUAAUCACAUGAUCUGAGGGAAACUGGGGAGAUGGGAGAGCAACAAUAGCCGGAAAACCGCACUACAGUCAUAUGGCCGCCAUUUCAUUGUGAUAUACACGGCAUCCUUGAGGCUAAUUUGAAACUUCUCCACCGUUUCCUGUAGCUGAAUUUCGUGUCUACCAGCUGCUGUGACCGAAUUGAGGCUGCUAAAUCGAUGACGGUAUUGUGAUCGUCGAAACUUCGGAGCUUCGGAACUUCAGACUUAAAAUUUGCCUUGCUAGCAUAUUGCAAAUUAUGGGAGACAUAAUAGUUGACACUUUCCACUACGAAGCACACAGUCUGUCGAACGAGGCUUUUGAAGUGUUAGUUCAGUUUUUUAGGGAGAAGAAGCUAUGUGAUGUAAUCAUUCAAGCUGGAGAGCGAAAAGUCAAGUGCCAUCGUGUAGUUUUGUCUUCGUGCAGUCCAUAUUUCCGCGGAAUGUUUACGAAUGACAUGAUAGAAUCCUCCAAAGACACUGUUGUUAUUCAGGGAUUAUCCGAGGAAGCGGUCAUUCAAUUGAUUAACUUCAUUUACACACGAAAAAUUACGAUCAGUAUUGACAAUAUUGAAGCUUUACUGACUGCAGCUGCCGUGUUUCAACUGGAUCUCGUUGUUCAUGCUUGUUGUGAGUUUAUGAAGCGGCAUCUUCAUCCGUCAAAUUGUUUGGAAAUGAGAGCGUAUGCAGAGCUUCAUGGAUGUAGAGACUUUAUUGAAGCGGCAGAUGCUUACUCAAGAAGUUGUUUCUUGAGUCUUAUGAACACAGAGGCCCUUCUUAAAACCUCUUUUAGACAUUUUCUCGCCAUUAUCUCUGGGGAAGACCUUUACGUAAAACGCGAAGAGCAGGUUUUUGAGGCUAUUAGUGCCUGGGUACGCUUUGACUUGGUUUCACGAGAACAGUUUCUGUCAGACUUGUUAAGUCAUGUGCGGCUUCCUUUGAUUGCCACCGAUUACCUUAUACAGCGUGUGGAAAGAGACAUGAUCAUCAGAAACAAUGUCGCUUGUCGAGAUUUAAUAGACGAGGCAAAGAAUGUGAAACUUUAUCCUUCUUUGGUGAAAGUAAAUAUCAGAGCUCAACCACGCAAGUCCACUUCCGGAGCCUUAUUUUCAAUUGGUGGUCGUGGAAAGUCAGGCGAUCCUCUUCAGUGUAUUGAGUGCUAUGAUUGGUUUCACAACUGUUGGUUCCAGGUAGCAGAAGUCUCUACACCUCGAAGGCAUGUGGCAGUAGCUUCUGUUGCAGGCAAGGUCUUUGCAAUUGGAGGACAUGAUGGCAGUCAACACCUUAAUACUGUGGAGUGCUUUAACCCUGAAAUUAACCAAUGGAAGAUAGUUGCGUCCAUGGAAAUUUCACGACGAGGAAUGUCUGCUGGUGUCCUGGAAGGAGUGAUUUAUGUUGCUGGAGGUCUGGACGAAACAACCUGCUUUGAUGCUGUAGAAAGGUAAAUAGAAAUUAUCCAUAAAUUUUUUUAAGAUGUGCAUAUCUGGGCUCUAAAAAAUCAUUUUAAAUACAGUGAGAACCAGAUUACUUCUCCAGAAUUUAAAUGCAGUUCUCAUAUUGCAUUGUGGAUACCAAAUUAUUGAGAACAUAGACUGCUCAACCUGUAGUUGCGGCAAAAAGUCUGUUGUACCCCAAAAUUCUGUCUCUAUAACUAUUGGCCCUUUAAAUGCAAGCAGAAAUCUAUAGUGAGGUACAUGUCAACUGCAUUUUGUAAAACCAAGGUAGUCUUCAUGAGUGAUCUGAACAGAAAAAAUUUCUUAAUGAAAAUAAGCAAGUGAGGGUUAGUUUUGGUUGACUUGGCUGACUGACUGAGUGGGUAGCUGAGUUGUUUUAGACCUAUUGUUGUGUGUAAUACAAUCAACAACCUUGCAUGUCUUCUGAUCUUCCUAAAGAUAUGAUCCUGAAAAUGAUACUUGGAGCAUGGUGGCACCUAUGCUGAUGCCUCGAGGGGGAGUGGGUGUAGCAGGGCUAGGUGGUUACCUCUAUGCUGUUGGUGGUAAUGAUGGUGCUGCAUCUCUUCAGAGUGUGGAAAGGUACAACCCUCACACCAACAAAUGGAGCCGAGUUGCAUCUAUGAACCGCAGAAGAGCAGGUGGGACUCACUCUUAACUACUUUCACUCGUAUAAGCAUUGAGCUUCUACCAGUUCAGAAUGUGGUUGAAAAAAGUCUAGAUGACAUUUUUAUAUCUGUCUAUGCUUAAGGACUUACUCUGCUUAGUUUCAUUUUCUCGAAGUCCUUUAAUCACUAACCCUUCUCCCACCUUCUCAAAUAAGAGCUCAUCAUCUGGUAAACCAUUCCUUCAGAAAUUCAAAGUCAACCUAAUCGUGUAUGCUGGAGAGUACAUUGUAUGGACCGUUGUGGGUUUAUGAUGAGGGACAUACUCAUUCACAUCUUAACUGACUGACCUUCUCUGGAUCAUAACACAUACAACUUCCUUGUGGCUGGUCAAGUUUGGUAAAUUAAGAUUAGGGUUAAGGUAAAUGGAUUUUUAAGAGAUUGGGGUUUUUUGAACAGUGUCAAGAAUAUUUAUAGCUAUCAUUGGAAAUAUAUUAAUUUCUGUCAGUUAUAACAACCAUAAAUGACAAAAAUUUUUACUUUGUUUUUGUAGCUAUGACAAGCAAUUCUAACUGCCUUUAUGAAUUUUGGACAAAAUUUUAGAUGAUGGAAUUGUUUGUUUAUUUUGUUUUGUUUGUUGAAAAUGGCACUGAAGCUCAAAAUUGUCACUCCACAGGUGUCGGUGUUGCUGUUGUGGGUGAGUUCUUGUAUGCAAUUGGUGGAUUUGAUGACUCUUCUCCUUUGGAUUCAGUUGAGAAGUAUGACCCACGUACCAACCAGUGGACCUAUGUGGCCAGCAUGACAACAUGUAGGGGAGGGGUGGGCGCUGGUGCUAUGGGAGGACGCUUGUGGGCAGUUGGAGGCCAUAAUGGUGAACAAUAUUUGAACUCAGUUGAGUCAUACAACCCUUUGGCUGAUCUCUGGGAGGAAGGUGCACCAAUGCAUGUGUUUCGUGCAGGUUCUGGGGUUGUUGGAAGCUUUUGCGAUGUUGAAGUGUUACGUAAUUCACAGGAUGCAAUCAAUCAUAGAUUAAAAGUAGAUGUUUAA